AUGUCUUACGUUCCUCCGCGUCUGGCACGCAAGUCCUCGGCUCCGUGGAACCGGUUGAGACCAGUCAAGCAGGACACCCUUGAGGUUAUGGGUUACGUUUCCAAAGGUGACAACAGACUACUCGAUCCCAAGGUGCAGGAGUCAUUUUAUAACAAGAUCGUCGCUCGCUACAUGCAAUUCUGCUCUCAGAAUUCCAAAGAUCUGGAUUCGGCGUUCGCUUCACUGACGUUAGAUGAAGUCAACAAAACUACAUCAAACCUCUUGCUGAAUCCAGAACAAAUCCGCCAACCAAGUUCCUCACCAUCCAAGACACAGGCGGGGGCACAAUGGGAUCCUUCACCCCCACAGGAACUGCAGGUCAUCUUGACAGCGCUCCGCAAACUGAGAGAAGGCCUGCUCGGCUCAUCUGCUUCGUCCUCAUCUCCUGUCUUCGCGCAACGAGUCCACGUCUUCAACAUUCGGCUAGCCAUCCUGGCCCACUCAUGGGAGUCGUACAUGCCAUCGUUAAUGCACUUGCUCACGACUUUACAUACACAAGAGCAUCCUCUUCCACAAUCAGAGUUGACUGAGAUGACAUCAUACUUGAUCAUCGAUCUGGCAACCAGGCAAGACGAUCCACGAGCCGCUUUCGCCCUGCGACACAACAGCAGGGUCAGAUUUCGCUACGAGAAUCAGACUGUCAAUAGGAUACUGAGAUCCAUCAUGACUAAUGACUGGGUUGCUUUCUGGCGCAUCCGGCGAAAGGUUGAUGGCUAUCUGAGAGCUAUACUUUAUUGGCAGGCCGAGAAGCUGCGCAAGAUUGCUCUCAAGACAAUUGGGCGAACCUACAUGACUUGUGAUGUCAAGUAUAUCCUGGCCAGUACCACAGGCAGCGAAAUGACAUGGGAAGAGCUGGUGAAGGCAGAAGACGUCGGCUGGGCCCUUGAUGGGGACAAAGUGAUCAUUCGGAAGCCGAAAUCGAGGACUUGA